AUGCUCCUGGGACUCACAGGUACCAUGCUCCUGGGAAUCACAGGGACCAUGCUUCUGGGACUCACAGGGACCAUGCUCCUCGGACUCACAGGGACCAUACUUCUGGGACUCACAGGGACCAUGCUCCUCGGACUCACAGGGACCAUGCUCCUGUGGCUCACAGGGACCAUGCUUCUGGGACUCACAGGGACCAUACCCUGGGACUCACAGGGACCAUACCCUGGGACUCACAGGGACCAUGCUCCUGUGAACCAUACCCUAGGACUCACAGGGACCAUGCUCCUGGGACUCAUAGGGACCAUGCCCUGGGACUCACAGGGACCAUGCUCCUGGGACUCACAGGGACCAUACUCCUAA